AUGAUGGAAUUCAUAUCUACGGUCAUUUUCCCACGAUGCAGGGUCUCCGAAAAGUACUUACAAUCUAGACAACUGUCGCCGUGCCGUUCGUGGUGUGAGGAGGUGCUGGACAAGGCUGAUGACGGAAUAAAGGCUCUGCUGCCCCCGUGUGAUUCGUUCCCGACUCGUCCGACUUGCUGGAACCCUGAACCAGCUACGAGGGGCAACGAGGUAUGCUACCAUGGCAUCGGUAUAAACUACCGUGGUACACUAAGUACAACUACUUCCGGGUCGAAUUGUGUGAAGUGGUCCACUGCGCAGUCUGGUUACUACACCACAGAGUACCCCUGGGCUAACCUGGUGAACAACUACUGCCGUAACCCAACGGGUCUUCAGCGGCCAUUUUGUUUGACUGAGGACGGUAGCCAAGAGGAAUGUGACGUCAUCCCGUGCACCGCUGCUGGAUGCUGGGAUAGAGGUCCUCCAAAUUACGGGAAGAGAAUUCCAAGCGACCGGCGGUUCUACUUCGUUGGAGACAAGGUGGCAUACAUGUGCAAUGACGGCUACACGCUGGAAUCCGGUGCGCCAAGAGAAGUGAGGUGUAUUGAGGGAGGAGACGGCGGCGUCUGGGAAUACGACAAACCCAUUUGUUCAGUAAACUACGAGUAUAGGCUACAAGAUGACCUACUGGGGAUCUAUAGGGAAAGUCUAAGUCCUAAGACAGUCAUCGAAUUCGGUGGAUUUGUGGAACAGAUUGUGGACAUGACAUGGAGUGACAUUCGGUUGAAAUGGGUCGCAAAAUACUACGAUGGUAUCGAGACGUUCAGCGUUCCCGGAAGUAAGAUUUGGACUCCGGAAUUUACUCUAAAGAGGAAUGCUGAUACCGGCUACCAUGGCCUACAAAAUAACGUGCCGGUAAAUGUCAGCAGCGAUGGACGAGUAGAAUGGAACGUGGAAACCCUGACCACCACCGUCUGCGACGCCGAUCCUUUCUUCUUUCCUGCAGACACUAUGCUGUGUCACAUCUGCUUCGUUGUACACAUAGGAACCGUCCCAGCAUACGAAGACAACAAUUGUGGCAAAUUCUCCGUCCCGAAAACGGAGGGAGAAUGGUACCGGAGUGAUAUGAUCUUCACUAAGAACGACAGGGAAGCCUGCUUUGCCCUGCAGCUCUCGCGGAUCCCGCUGUUCCACCUCGCCACGACUGUGGGACCCUGCAUCAUCCUGGUGGUACUGAUGACCAUCACCUUCAUCAUGCCGAUGGACAAGGGAGACCGGAUCUCGUUUGGAGUGACCAUUCAACUCUCCAUGGUCGUCUCUCUCGUGUUCGUUACGGAUGUUCUUCCUGUCAAGGGGGCUUUGCCAUUUUUUGCUACGCUGAUCAUCGUGUGGAUGGGCCUGAUGGGAAUCUUCCUAUUCUUCACCAUCGCAGUCAUCAUUAUCCAUGGCAAGGACGGGAGCCUUCCUCCCUCAGCGAAGAAGUUUUUCCUCUGCUACUUGUCAAAGAUGCUACUGCUGGGAGACCUAACAAAGGAGCAGAGCACUGGCGACGGUGAGACUGACCCGACCAACCCUACCGCCAUAGAGCUCACCAACGCCGCGUUCCGAGACGAUGACAUGGCGUUUGAAGGGGAAAGACCCGGCAAUGACCCGGGGAAGAUCCGGCAACUGUCAUCCCCUCACGCAAUUUUGGUGACCACUAGCUCCCCAGGCAUCCGUGAGCUGAUCUCCAGUGUGAAAGCGGUAAAGAACGAGGUGGGCGAGCUGAUCAAGGCGGUGAAGGACGAGGAGGAGUCCGACUACACGCUGUUAGCUAAGGUCCUGGACAGGCUGUGUCUUGUCUUGUACAUCGUCAGUAUCGUGGCAUCCAUUCCUCUGAUCAUGUUUCUGAGCAAGUAAAUUACAUCAUUUUGCCUUAAUGUAAAGUAACAAACACAAUACCAGCUUUGACGUGUAUAUGCAUAUAGUCAAAUUUGUCAACUUAGCAGUAUAAGAUUUGCAAAGUAUUUCUCCGUGUGAGAUAUCAUGCAUAGUAAGUAGCUUGUAAAUGUUCCUUUAAAAUUUGUAGACUAGGUUCCCAUGGCCAAUUUAUCCAGAGCCUUUACAUCAGUACAGAUGGUAGAGAUGCAUUGUA